AGAAAAGUAGAAGAAAAACUUUAUUUGUGUCUAUUACAACAAAUACUGUGGUAAUUUUUACUCGUUAGCGGUUUGUAUAUAUGUUCAAAGUAGAAUUUAUAUUCCAAGUGUACAAAGUACCCAAACAGUUGCACACGUUUUGAAAACACUGACGACGAAGUAGUUUGCAUUAAACUGUUAAAAGCAUCAAUGGGUUGGAAUCAUUAAAAAUUCAUUCUUUACUUUGAAAACUUUGUGGAAAUUGAUUGGAUAUGACGGAGGUUGGAGAAUGCCUUCCACUUGAGUCCAAGGGAGUCAUGGACGCCAAGAACCUAACGGAAUCUGAGGUUCACGAAGAAACUUCUGUGGAUGCUAAUGGAUUCCCUGCAGAAGAAGAACCCCCGACAAUCGACAUAAUCAUCAACAAUGUUGUUUGCAGUUUUAACACACGAUGUCAUCUUAACCUCAGAAAUAUUGCAAUGGAAGGAUCCCAUGUCGAAUUCAAAAGGGAGCAAUCAAUGUGCAACAUGAAAAUCAGAAGACCAUACACAACAGCAACAAUUUGGUCAUCAGGGAAAAUUGUGUGCACGGGAGCCACCAGUGAGGAAGAAUCCAGGAUAGCUGCUAGGAAAUUUGCCAGAAAAUUACAACGCUUAGGAUAUAAAGUGAAAUUUACUAACUUCAGGGUCGUAAAUGUUUUAGGAACAUGUGGCAUGCCUUUCCGUAUAAGGAUAGCUGCCUUUUCACAAAAGUAUCCAAAGGAAGCAAGUUAUGAACCAGAGUUACAUCCAGGAGUGACCUAUAAACUAAAAUCACCAAAGGCAACACUCAAAAUAUUUUCAACAGGAAGUAUUACAGUAACUGCUCCAAGUGUAGCCAAUGUCCAAGCAGCCAUAGAACAUAUUUUCCCUUUAGUCUCUGAAUUCAAAGCAGAAGACAAGGAUACAGAUAAAAAUGUUAUAGAUAAAGAAAUAAGAUUUAUGCAGAAACAGCGAAACUCACUCCAACCAGCUAAACCUGUGUCUAGAUAUGAAGAUUUCGAAAAAGUAGAAAUGUAUGACACCGAUUACAGUGACGAUGAAGAAUUUAACAGUGAUGAAAGUCAAGACUGAGCGUUUAGUUUCAAAAUUGAAAGUACAAAUUUGUGAAAGUGAAAGUCGUGAUCAAGCUCACCAGUGUGCUCCUAUGAGUGAUGUUACUUUGGCAUUUUUAACUUUACAGUGUAUACUCCUGUGUGUGGUCCCAACAGUUGAUAAAAAAAAUUGUGUUCAUUAUUUAUUCAUGGAGUUUGCAUAAUUUUUUAGACUGUCCAUCCAUUUGAAAUUUGAGAAGACUCAUGUUCAGUAUUUUAAUAUGCAAUUUAAUAAUAACAUGAUUGACAAAGUGAUUUGUUUUGAUGUGUUGAUGUUUGUUUUGAAUUAAGGGAGUGAUUGUUUAAAUGUAAGGAAGUUUCAUGCAUUUGUGUUUAUUAUCACAUGUGAAUGGCAUUAAUCUCACAAUUUUGUUGAUAUCAUAAAAGCAGACUUCUGUAAAUAAGUGAUGUUUACUUAUCUAUGUAUAUUUCUCGAUUGAUUCAAUCCGUACAGUGCUAAAUAACAUAUACUAAUGCACAAAACCUUUGCCAAAUAUUUAAAUUGUCUUCUUUGUAUAUGUAUGAUAAAAAAUUUAGUGACAUUUCAUUAUGAAAUGAUGCUUCUUUUCUUAAGAUAGCAAAAAAAGUUCUUAUUUACAAUUUAUAAUUGAAGGAACAAGUGAUUCAUUUAUAUCAUUGAGCAGUGGAAGUUUUUAGAAUUGCAUUAAUUAUCUUUGUCAAUGUCUAGCAGUUAGCACUUUGUAUCAGCUAGUAGUCCUUAUUUUGUAAAGGAUAGAUGUUAGGAGGGUUUAUUUCAAAGAAAAGUACUUGUUUAUAUAUAAAUAAGCUCACACGUGUUCAGUAUCAAUUUUGUUCAAAAUUCUCAGUGAUUUUUCCUGUCACUUAAAUGACAUGUAAUAACAUGCCACAGUUAAGGCCCAUUAAUUUUGUUCUUUAAGAAAGUAAAACCAAGAGAACAAUUUUUUAAAUAAGUUUGAUUUAAGUGUGCCAUAAUUAAUUAUUCGUUGUUUAUUCUUGUCCCCUUAUACAUGUACAUUGCUUUAUUCAAUAUUAUUGUCCUGUAUAAUUUUUUACAGGAAAAAUAUUAUCUACAUAGCUUGUCCAAUCACUAAAUAAUUCUUUGAUGGUUUAUACAUAAAUGAUAUGAUGAAGUUUUCAGGGUACAAUCGAUAUUGUAAACAUUUGCUAUAACAUCAGCUCAGUAUACAUAUAUACAGGAAAAUUUUCACCCUUAUUUUCACAAUUGGCAAGUGUAAAAAUGGGACAAUUUAUACAUAUGUAUAUUUAUAUAAUUUUAAGAUCAAAAAUCAAAUGGAGGGGAAAAUUACACAUAUUAAUCAUUUUUGCAUCUUUAGUUUGUGCAUAUUGCUGUUGUAUCAAUAUUUACUGUGUGGGAGCACUCCAAUUACAUGUCCAUAAGCAAAAUGUGACAACACAUUACAUGUAUGUACAAUGAUUUUACUUAUAUUUAUAGUUCUAAUCAAAGUUUGAAAAUGCAGUAUUUAUAUAAAACUGUACAGAAAUAUGCACUAUUGAUAUCAACCCCCCCCCCCCCCCCAAAAAAAAAAAAUUUAAGUACAAUAUCUAUUCAUGAUCUUUUAUGUUUGGUGCACUUUUUUUUUUUUUUUUUUAAGUAUAUUCAUAUAUUAGUUAAAGAGCUGUAAUUUUACAUAAGAAUAUGUGCAGUGUUUUGAUGAAAGACUUUUUUCCUUCCAAAAUUAAUUGCUAAAAUCAUUGUUUAUUUUCAUUUUAUGUUUUGCAUUUGCAAAGACUGGAAACUUUGGAAUAAAGAUUCUUAUAUUGAUUACAUGCUGUAUAUCUUUGUUACCGUAAUCCAUUGGAGGGGAAAAAUACUUUAACCCAAAUCAUAUAUUGUUAUUAAAUGGUCAGUAAUACAACAGCUGUAUUAGUGAUUUUGACAUCCAAUAACACUGUUUGUUUUUGAGUGGAGUGAGCUAUCCCAAUUUCAUUCAAAUUGAAUAUGUAGAUGGGGAAAAUCUUUGAAAUCCUUCUCAUAGAUGUAGAACAAUAAAUUUAUUGCAUAGAAGUGCCAAAGGGUAUUGAUUGCAUGUUGUGACCUUUAUUGAGGUUUAUCAUUAACUGUGAAUGGGACAUUGUCCUCCCCUGCUGAUGCCCUACCUUUCUGUGGGGUACAGGCAGGAACAGGGCACAUGGUACAGCGAGUCAUAUCAUCCAGUAAACAGCAACUUAUACUAGAGUCUACUAUGUUUGAAUGGAUCAUAAUGGUGCUUUUGUUUGAAUCUGAAAGUUGGUUCUUUCAUACUUAUUUCUAUAUAGAUCAGUUGGGCAUUUUAAGCAUAUAAUUUUUAGUAUCUUUAAUGUAAAAAAUAUAAUGUAAAUACAGUUAAUGUCUCAUGUUGAUGUACAUCAUCUCUGCUACCAACUUUUCAGUUGUACAUGUAUAUAUGUUUUUGUAUGUUUGACUUGUUCACAUCUGUAGUUUUAUGAUGCAUUUAAGGUUCACAUACAUUUCUGUGUAUUGGAAUAAAUAUUUUUCACCCUUGCA